UCACCUUUCAAAGGCCCUGUGCUGGUCCGGCUUCUCUCCACCACCCACCCGCUGACGGCCUGGCCCCGCCUGCAGGCCGGUCAGCUAUUUGCUGCGCGUGCGCGCACUGUGACCUACGCGGAGGCGGAGAGCGGCGGCUGGAGGUCCCACCGCGGGAACUGUGAAGACUCAUGGACAAAGAGGCCCAGAAGAGGAAAGAACAGGAGUCAGGCAUGGCUCUUUCUCAGGCACAAUUGACCUUCAAGGAUGUGUUCAUAGAUUUCACUCCUGAGGAGUGGGAAUGCCUGGACCCUGCCCAGAGGACCUUGUACAAGGAUGUGAUGGUGGAGAUUCUCAGGAACCUGCUGUCUGUGGAUAUGUCUCAUAUACAUAUGAUCAAAAAAUUACAGGCCAAAGCAAACAGUGGGAAAAGGGAAAUUUUUCAAAGAGUGAUGUUUGGAAGAGCUGAAAUCCUUGAAAGCAAAGAUUUUCGCCUCAGGAAGAUUCAGGAAAAUGUACAUGACUUUGAUUGUCUGUGGACAUACGAUGAAAGAAAUGACAAGGAAAUGUCUACAUCCUAUAACAAAAAUCUCACUGAUGGAAGAGAUCAUCAUAGUAGAAGUGAUGCAGAAAAUGGACCUUUUGAAAGUCACGGAUCAAGCUUUCAGGAUGAAUUGGAGAUGGUACAAUCUGAAGGGAUAAUUUUUGAAUGUAGUCAAGUUGUGACAAAUGUCAGCGCCUCAGGUUUACCACCUCACAGAACUUGUAAUGUCUGCGAAGGCUUUUGUCAUAAAGAUGAGAAUGCUAUUAUGCAUCCUUCAGAACUGUUACCAGACCAUGAAACACAAAAGAAAAGACCUUACAAAUGUAAUGAAUGUGACAUAACCUUUCUUCAGGACUCAGAACUCACUGGACAUCAAAGAAUCCAUACAGGAGGAAAUCCAUAUAAAUGUGACGUGUGUAGCAAGGCUUUUGAUCAAACUACCAAACUUCCCAUUCACUGGAGAAUUCAUACUGGAGAGAAACCACAUAAAUGUGAUGUAGGUGACAAGGCUUUUAUUCAAAUUGGAAACCUUGCAGUUCAUCAGAAUAUUCAUACUGGAGAGAAACUAUAUAAAUGUGAUGCGUGUGGUCACUGCUUUAUACAAAGUACACACCUUGAAAAUCAUCAGAGUACUCAUACUGGAGUGAAACCAUCUAAAUGUAAUGUUUCUGGAAAAGCUUUUAGUCAAAAUGCAAGCCAUGCAGUUCAUCAGAGACUUCAUACUGGAAAGAAACCAUAUAAAUGUGAUGUAUGUGGCCUAUGCUUUAGUCAGAACUCAGAACCUGAAGUUCAUCAGAGAACUCAUAAGGGAGAGAAACCAUAUAAAUGUGAUGAAUGUUGCAAAGGCUUUAGUGAAAUUUCAAGCCUUGCAGUUCAUUCGAGAGUUCAUACUGGAGAGAAACCGUAUAAAUGUGAUGUGUGCGGCAAGUCAUUUAAUCGUACUGGCAAACUUGCUGUUCAUCGGAGAGUUCAUACUGGAGAGAAACCAUAUAAGUGUGAUGUAUGUGGCAAGGCCUUUAUUCAAACAACAGGCCUUGCUGUUCAUCAGAGAAUUCACACUGGAGAGAAACCAUAUAAAUGUGAUGUGUGUGGCAAGGCAUUUAGUUAUACUGGACACCUUGGAGUUCAUCGGAGAGUUCAUACUGGAGAAAAACCAUAUAAGUGUGAUGUGUGUGGCAAGGCAUUUAGUCAUACUGGAAGCCUUGCUAUUCAUCGGAGAAUUCAUACUGGAGAGAAACCAUAUAAAUGUGAAGUAUGUGGCAAUGCCUUUAAUCAAACUUCAAGCCUUGCAGUUCAUCAGAGAGUUCAUACUGGAGAGAAACCAUAUAAGUGUGAUGUAUGUGGCAAGGCCUUUAUUAGAACAACAGGCCUUGCUGUUCAUCAGAGAAUUCAUACUGGAGAGAAACUAUAUAAAUGUGAUGUGUGUGGCAAGGCAUUUAGUCAUACUGGACACCUUGGAGUUCAUCGGAGAGUUCAUACUGGAGAAAAACCAUAUAAGUGUGAUGUGUGUGGCAAGGCAUUUAGUCAUACUGGAAGCCUUGCUAUUCAUCGGAGAGUUCAUACUGGAGAGAAACCAUAUAAAUGUGAAGUAUGUGGCAGUGCCUUUAAUCAAACUUCAAGCCUUGCAGUUCAUCAGAGAGUUCAUACUGGAGAGAAACCAUAUACUUGUGGUAUAUGUGGCAAGGCUUUCAGUAUAAGUUCAAGCCUUGCAGUUCAUCAGAGAGUUCAUACCGGAGAGAAACCAUAUAAAUGUGAUGUGUGUGGCAAGGCAUUUAGUCGUACUGGACACCUUGCUGGUCAUCGGAGAGUUCAUACUGGAGAGAAACCAUAUAACUGUGGUAUAUGUGGCAAGGCUUUCAGUGAAAGUUCAAGCCUUGCAGUUCAUCAGAGAGUUCAUACUGGAGAGAAACCGUAUAAAUGUGAUGUGUGUGGCAAGGCAUUUAGUCGUAAUGGCAAACUUGCUGUUCAUCGGAGAGUUCAUACUGGAGAGAAACCAUAUAAUUGUGGUAUAUGUGGCAAGGCUUUCAGUGAAAGUUCAAGCCUUGCAGUUCAUCAGAGAGUUCAUACUGGAGAGAAACCAUAUAAAUGUGAUGUGUGUGCCAAAGCGUUUAAUAAUACUGGAAACCUUGCAGUUCAUCAGAGAGUUCAUACUGGAGAGAAACCAUAUAAAUGUGUUGUAUGUGGCAAGGUGUUUAUUUGUAGUGGAAACCUUGCUGUUCAUCAGAGAGUUCAUAGUGGAGAGAAACCAUAUAAAUGAGGUAUAUGUGGCAGGGCUUUCAGUGUGAAUGCAAACCUUGCAGUUCAUCAGAGAGUUCAUACUGGAGAAAACCUUACAAAUAUAAAAGUUGUGACAAACCAUUUAGGCACAGUCAUGCAUAACUCAUCAUCAAGCAGGUCAGACAGGAGUGAAACCAUGUAAAUAUGUAUAUGGCUGGUGCUUUACUUGAAAUGACGAACUUAGAAACCAUCGGAGAAUUCAUACUAGAGAGAAACAUUAGAGAUGUGACAGUUGUGAGAAACAUUUUAGUGCAAAUGUCGUGAGUGUGACGAAGCCUUUAGUCAGUAUUCCGGCCUUAUAACUCAGAGAAUUCAUAAUGUAUCGAAAACAUUCAAGUGAAAUGAAUGUGGCAGAGUUUCUAGUGCAUGUUCAGCAUGAACUGCCCAUUAGGCAGAUCAUACAGCAGAGAAACCACGUAAAUGUUAUUUAUGUGACAAACCCUUUGGUCACAAGGAAUGAUGUUGCAGAUUAUCUGAAAAUCCAUACUGCAGUGAAAACUUACACAUAAGUACAGUAAAAUAUAUCUUUUUGACCGUCAGAAAAUUCAACCUGGAGGAAAACUACACAAAUGUUUUAGGUGUGGGAAAGAUUUGAUUCUGUGUUCAGGCCUAACACCAUCACUUAAUUUUUUUGUUUUUGUAUUUUUCAAUAUUCUGAUGGUUUUUGCUGUACAUCAACAUGAGUAGGCCAUAGGCAUACAUACGUCCCCUCCCUCCUGAACCCACCUCUCUCACCACCGUAUCCCUCCAGAUUGUCCCAGAGCACUCGCUCUUAUAUCAAACUCCCACUGGCUCUUUUACAUAUGAUAAUAUAUAUGUUUCAGUGGUAAUAUCUUAAAUCCUGCCAUCCUAUUUCUUUUCUUUUUUUCAAUAGUUUUUCCUUAGCGUUACUUUUUCUAUCCACGUUAUGACCCAGAUUUAAUGUUUAAUUUACAUUUCUUUCCUGCCUUAAGUCAGUGGGUUAUUUUGAGACUUUUGUAACAUUAAAAUGCACGUAGACAAUGGCAGGGAACAUAGUAGGUGCCCUGUAAAUAUAAAGAAAGUUCCUUUAGGACUUGAGUUCAAUCAAUUAGUACACAUAGAAAUAUUUAUAAAUAGUGCCAAGUUGAUAAUUUUGGUGAAAAUGAAUUCUAGUGUCUUCUUAAGAUUUCAUAUUUUACAGUGUGCUUUAUUGUCCACAACUGACAGAUCUUUCAGAAAUAGACAACAAAGAAAUGAGAGAAAAUAUAUUACAAUUUUCAACAAGAAGUAAAUUGCCUAAUUACCGUCAGGUGAUCAUCUAGUAAUUUGACAUUCCAUUCCAUUGAAAUUGAAGUGAAAGUGAAGUUGCUCAGUUGUGUCUGACUCUUAGCAACCCCAUGGACUACAGCCUACCAGGCUCCUCCAUCCAUGGGUUUUUCCAGGCAAGAGUACUGUAGUGGGUUGCCAUUGCCUUUUCCGGAAAUGGUAAUGGGGGAACAUAAAUGUCGGUAUCAUUUUGUAUGGUUGGUUUUCUCAAGUUUCCUUUGUGAUAAAUGUAAGCCUGGCUGCUAGCCUUGUAGAGCUGGGUAGGAGCUGUAUCUUUGCAGAGUUCUGGGGGUAAGUUCUUUUCAAGCUCUGUAGUUUCCUGUUCUCUUCUUUUGCUUAUCAUUUCCAUCCUGAAGAGUACUCUCUCCCUGUGUCUAUUUCUCAGUCCAAAAUUAUACUUGUUUUUUAAGGUAUAACUCACUACCUCUGCCCUCUAAGGUCUUUCCUGAUCCAGCCAACAAGAAGUAAUCUUACCUCCCCUACAGCAUUUCUUCUUGGAUAUUUACUUCUUUUGUUGACGCCUUAAGCUUGGGCUGUGUCUUUACUUCUCUGUAUUCCCUGGUAGUACAUGGCUUUCUACUCUGUACAUGACUCUCACAAUUACCUAUGUUACUAUGUGACAAGAUAUUUGAUUUUUAGAAAUAUUAUUUGAAUAUUACAUUGAAGUAUUGGCUUAAGUAUUACAUAUUAUGAUGUAAACAAGUUUUUGUCAUAUAAGUAUUUGAAGCUUUCUCAUCAGAAGCAUGGAACAGAAACUUUUAUCAAGAAGA